AUGAUUUCUUUUAUGGUAAUGUCAAAUAUUUUAUCUGAUCAAAUGAAGCAAUAAUAUAAAAGCAAAUCUGUGUUUUGGAGGCAAGAAAAAGAAAAAUUACUUUAAACAUUACAACCAAAACUAAAUAACUAAUAACAAUAAAGAUCAAGAACAAGUUAAAGAAAUAGUAAGUAUCGCUAUCUUGUUGAAUCACUCUAUCAUUAGGAUACUCCUGAAAAUAACAAAUCUAUUUACAAUUAAUUCUAAUAAUAAAGGAGUUCUCAAUUUCAACAUCAAUAACAAUAAAGUUCUUCAAAAAACAAAAAAAAUGAUGAACUAAGCUUUUCAACAAUUAUGAAUAAAUAUUACAAAUAGUUAGAAGGAUCUAAUACUAAAUAACACAUAUAUGAUCCUUUUGCUGAACAGAUAAUUGAAUCCUUUUAAGAACUAAAAAAUAAGAAAUCUGUGAAAAUAAAAGAAUUAGAAGAAUGCGCAUCUGACAACUAUUAAAUAAGUAAUAGCGGACGAAAACCAAAUAUCAUUAAUAAAAUAAAUCAAAUUCGAGAAUUUUUAGAUCAAUAAUUAAGUCCAAAAUAGGAAGAUCCAAACAAAGAAGGCUAAAUAAAUAAUUAAAAAUGCUCAAAUGCUGACAUUAGUACUAGAAUCUUUAGAUAUAAAUCAGUUGAAUCUAAAUAAUUUUUAGAUUAAAGUUAGAGGAACUCAAUACCAAAAGUUAAUGAGGACAUUAAUAAAAGACGAUCUUCAAAAAGCUGCACUACAUUAGAUGUUGGCAUUUAAGUUUCAUUGAUAGGUGAAAUUGAAUCCAAAUAAAAUGUAUAAUUAGGAGCAAGUGAUCAUGAUAAUAAACAAAAUUGUAAUCAAGAAUUUAAAGUAUCUUUAAAAGAUGUAUUAAAAGAAUAGAUUUAAUAAACAUUUUCAUAAUAAUCAUAAAAUUUUUAAUCUCUUGUUUCUUAAUAUUAACUACCUUAAUAGUAAAAAUAACUAUCCGAGCAACAUUCAGAAAGAAGCAGCAGAAGAAGUCAAUUUUAAGAGAGCAAUAGAUCCUUCAUCAACAAUGAGGAAAGAUAAAAUUCAUUUAUUAAAGAAGCUGAUUGCAGUAAGGCUGGAACUAAUUUAUAAAUUGAAGAAAAUCUAAAGUAGAUUUCGUAAAGGGCUAAAAAUAAUUAGGAGGAUCAUUCAUAUUAAUAAGAAAGAUUAUCUCAUAGGUCUAAUAUCAAUUGUUUAAUUAUUAAUCCAGAGAAAUUCUCUAUAAAAUAAAAUUAGGAUCACUAAAUAACAACUAGUUAAUAAAAUUAAUAAAGUUUAGGUAAUUCUAAGUUUAGCCUAAAGAAUAAGGAAAAUUUUGAAGAGAAUAAUACUAUUACGAAUUCUGAAGUCAAAUUAGAACAGGAGGAACCAAAAUUAAAAGAAAUUUAAACGAUAAAGCAACGAAAUUUAAUUUAAAUUCCUAAAAUAAUAAAUAGUUUGAAUUUCUAAAAAUUAGAUACACAUAAUGAUUUCUUAGGAUAGUUAACCUCAGUUGAUACUAAUCGAUUUAAAUAAGAUCUAUAAUAAAUUUUAGAAGAGGAAAAUUCUACUAAUGCCUUAAGGGUUAAAGAAAAAUAACAAUCAAUUGAUUUACCUUUAACUAGUAAUCGAUCAUCAUUGUCUUUUACUGACCCUAUGAUCAUGUAAUAGACAAAUCAACUUCAAAAUGUAGAAGAGUCAGAUGUUGCAUAGACAGAUUAAAGGAUUAUUGAUAAUGCUACAGUAUUUACAGAUGGCAAUUUAUAAUAUUCUGAAGACACACCAAAAUUAAGAGUAACAACUUCAUUAAGCAACAAUAACUUAGAUGAAGGAAAAUAUUAGGGAAAUUCUUAGUUAAAAAGUGAAAUAUAAUUAUAGGUCACUAAGCCAGAAUCAAAGUAUUAACAAAAAUUAUUAUCAUCAAAUGAAUUAAACUGUAUGAAUUCCUACUCAUUUGAGUAAUGGCUUUAAUAAAAUGAAUUUAACAAGAAAGUUUGUAAUUAAAAUUUACAUUCUUAACACUUUUAAAAAUAAAAAUGUGAUCAUAGUACUUAAAUUAAUAAAGUUGAUUCAGAUUCAGAUGAAGAAAUAUAAUUUAUAAAACAAAAAUAAUAAUAAUUUCAAUUAAACUAAGGUAUUACCCAACUUGUUAGAAACAUUUCCUCAAUUUUGAAAAUUAGAAAGAUCAAAUCUUUUUAUGAAAUUCGUGAAUUUUCAAUAUCAGAAUCUUAAAAGCUCUAAUAAUAAUAAUAAUCAUAAUCAUCAACAUAAUAAUAAUUUUAUAAUUUUCAAUUUGAAUCGCCAUAUCAAUCUUAAACCUCUUGUAAUACCCUCUCUACAUAAUUAGUAUAAAAGUAACAAUUGAAUCAAUCAUAACAAUCACCAAAAUAUUAAUUAGACCUAAAAUCUUUAAACUAGACUUCAAGAGAAUAAGCUGCUUGUGAAAAAAUAUCGAGUUUACUUAAGAUAAUCAAAGAGGAAACUGGGUCUGAUACCUUAAGAUUGAUACAAAAUAAAUAGUCACAGCUUUCUAAAAGUAAGCGAAAAGAGAAAAAGUCAGAAACCACUACUUUUUCUUAAAAAUGUGAUUAUAAAACAAAGAAUAAUACUCCAUCCCCAAAAUAUUAAUCAGUAUAGCUCCCAGUGGAACAAAUAAAUGAUAGAAUCAAAGUAAACUUAAUUUAGGAUUUAGAGUUAGAGUCUCCAAAAUAAAAACAUACAGAACAUGCUGAAUUAAAUGAUAAUAUUCCAAUUGCAGAACCAAUGGAAUUUUAGGAAGUUUAAGUAAUUGAAAAGUAAAAGAGAGAAAUUAGAGAAAAUAAUUGGUCUAAUAAUUGUAGCAAUAUUCUAAGCAAUCAAUGUGGUGAAUCCAAAAACUUUUAUGUUUUAUCUAAUCAUAUAGCUAAUUAAAAGGCAAAAAUUGCAAGGAAGUUUUAAUAGAUCCAUUAUAAAUCGGUUGGUUAAUCUACUUCCAGGAAAGAAAAUAUAUAAUUUUGA